UGAAGUAAAGCCUGACGAAGUCGCCAUUUCAAAACGCUAAGAGCAACAGAAGCUGCAGGAAAUGUUGUAAAUGUUUUUAUUUUUCUAAUAUAUAUAUAUUUUUACUAGCUACUAGGGAAGUUGGUUUAGUUUUUUAAUCUACCUCGCCUGCAUCACCAACUGAAAUGGACGCAAACCCAGAAGAAAAUGUGACCGAAACUUCAAGGAUUUCCAAGGAUGAACCUCAGAAAACCUUAGUGGAUAACACAUUUAGGGGUCGUGGGUUUAGAAGCCGUAGUCGAGGGGGUCGGAUGAGUCGAGGCGGCAUGGCUGGGGGGCGGGGCAUGAUAAAAGGGUUUGGUCCACCUGGAUACGGGAGAGGUCGAGGGAGAGAAGGAGCCAUGAACGGAUUUGCACCCAUGAGAGGAAUGAGGAGGAUGCGUCCUUACCCAGACAUGAGAGGUCAUCGAGGUAGGGGUGGACCAAUGGGCAUGGGCCCUCCUCCUCCCCCCCCUCCCAUGUACCUCAGAGGCCCUUUUCCACCCAUGCACAGGCACGGACCCCGUCCCCCCCCUCCUCCAGGUCACCCUGCUUUCAGAGGGCCUCCUCCACACCCUCGAGGCUGCGGCAUGCCCCCCCCUGGACCUCCACGCCACUUUCACCCCCGAGGCCCAAGAGGCUACCACAAUGGACCAGUCUCUCCUCCUCCUCACCGCCCACCUGGCAGAGGCCAGAGGUGGCCAGGGCCCCCUGGUGGCCGACGCUUUUAACACAGCCUGCCCUAAAAACAAUAACCAAACACUUGUUAAUGCAGAAGGGUCCCACAGUGGUGCAGUAAACGCCCCAUGAUUAUGUGUUACACUAAGUUUCUGAGUAUCUUCAUGACAUACUCUGUGGCCAAAUGUCUGCAUAAUGGUAUUGUCUACUGGCAAAUAAUUUAUGUGAAAAUGACAACAUAAAAUGCCUCACAACUUUUACAAUGUAAAGGCAUUGUAUUAUAUGUUACAGAAAUACUGUUGGUACUGUAGGAAGUAUUUGACAUUCUCAAGAAAAAGCUAAACAAGUUUGAAACCCCUGUUCUGAAAGGGAAGAAAACAUAUUGUUCAAGUUCUUUAAAUGUGCUGUGGUUCUUGCCUUAAGAAGCUUUCCUGAUCCAUAAUAAAGAAUAAAAAAACAGGAUGCAAUGUAUAUUUGAAUAUGGGGAAAGUUGGGUGAAAAGGAAUUAAAGAGUGCACAGCAUCCCUCGAGCACCACUGUAAACUAGCUUAGUACAACUUGGACCUCUUAAACCUUAGCUAUUGUUACAUGGAAAUAGUUAAGUAUUAUAACUUUACUAAGCAGUGGUGUGACUUUUGUUCAACACUUCCACAAUUUUUAAGUGAACAGACACUUGUCAAGUAUUCAUGAGUAUUUUAUUUUAUAUUGUAUAUCAUUAAUGUGCAGCUACUUUGAGUCACCAGUAUUGCUUUUUAAACAUUCAUGUUUGUCUAGACUCUAGACAAACAUGAAUGUUUAAGAGCUUUGUCAUUACAAGAUAGUUUGCUCUAGACUCUAGAGCAAACUAUCUUGUAAUGACAAAGCGGAAAAGACAUUACAAAUUAAUAGUAUAUUGAAAAUAGAUUUCUAGUAGAUUUUAUAAAGACAAUUCCGUUCAUUUAAGGACAAGUUACUCUUGACUGUGUUUUUGAAGUGUUUAUAAAUACUCUCUUAACUGUAAUUUACCUAACUUUUGUGAACCUGUGAUUGUGUUUUAAUGAAAACCGUCAAGACAUGACGUAGUCGUGGAAAAACAAAUAAAAAUAAAAAUAAACCCAACUUCUCUAUUUUUUGUUUAUUCACAAACAAGUCUGAGAGUUGUCAUUAUACUUUAUCUGUAUUAUAUGGAAAUAAUGAAUUGCAAUGUCAAAUCUAGAACUGUACACAGUAAUAGUAUUUCAUAUUUGAAAGUGAACACUUUAUCCAUGUUAAGACCAUUGCAUGAAUGCACACUAUUAUAUACAUUUAGGAUAAGAUUGGACGAUCAAGAGCCUUUAACGGAACAUUCAGCCUGCAGACAGCUGAAGCUUAUUGCAGAUAUUAAAAGGCUACAAAAUGCAUCUUUAAAUUGCCCUUUUAGUAACUUGAAAGAUGACCUUAUGUUACCUUAUGAAUUUCACCAGAGGACUCAGAACCGCUCAACUUGAGUGAUGCCACAGUUCCAAUUCAGUGGUUGCAUGUCUAAAAGGAGGACAUCAUCUGCAAAAGAUAAACACUCUGAUAUGGACUCUAAUAUUUGUGUGCUGCUAGGAUAAUAUCUUGACAAUAAUUGUAAAUUGAUUUCAAACGGAUUUGUCUAUUUCAUUUAACACUCUUAUAAUGCAUAAUGUA